GCAUCUUGUCACUACAUUAAACUCAGAACUAUACCUGUUGUUCUUUAAAUAUAGUGUAGAACCAUAAUGUCAAACUAGAUGGACGCUUUUAAUUUGUCUCAAAAUCUGCAGUCAUGUGGGGUGAUAAUGCUGAAUAUGUCUCCCUCCUGUGGUGAAACCCUGAACAUACAUGUCAUGCGUGUAUCGAAAUGCAGUGACAAGCGCUCACAAAGCCAAGUGUCUAUUGGUUAAGUGUGAUGAAGCAAUCUUGUGAUUGGCUGAAAUUUGGUGUCGUCAGAGCAACCCGGAACACAUCGUACUUGUGCAGCAAAUUGUGUAAGUGUCCUCUGUACCGUGCUGAGAGACAAUAAAUAUUAUUAUUUUUCAACGUGGCAUAUUAUAAUAAAGUCUUGUUUUUAAACCAAGUUCAACAGGUAUCUCAGUUCAGUCAUGCCGACGUCUCCAGUUAAAACGCGCAUUCCCCUCACUAGUUUUGGCCACUUGAUAACAGAGGUGAAGAGACAGCUAUUUGGCAUUAAAGCACCAGCACCGGCGGAGCUGACCGGUUUGAGAAAGUACUUCAACGGCUACACGCUGCAGGGACGCCGAAAUUGCGUCUUGGCUACUUAUGGUAUCUUGCUGGUAACGGCGACGGCCUAUUUCAUACACAGGCAAGACAAAAAACAAGCUGUGAAGGACUGCACUGCCUGAAAAAAAAAUAAAAAAUCAUAGUUAAGUUUGUGAUCCAUUAUUUAUUAUGUGAAAGAAACAAAGAGACCAUAUAAAAAGGCACAACAGUGCACGGCUAGACAA